AUGGCUGCUCAAGGGGCCACAUCGCGGCAGCGCUCCGUCACCAACAAGGGCAAGGGAGUCAUACUGCCACCAAAUCUCAAGGCCAGAGCUUCUGCCGAAGAGAUUCCAUUCGAACCCUUUGCCUGUACAGCUUCGCUGCUCCUCUUUGCGCAGGGCCCAACCGUCAUCUGUUUGCACCAUGACAGCUUGGCCCUUGAGAGGCGGUUUCAAAAGCAUUCCAAAGAGGUCAUCCUAAUCUCGGCCGAUAAUGUCAGUGAGUCAGGUGCUGGGAGAUUGGUAGUAACCUACGAUGUUGGCCAAACAGCUAUAGUCUGGGAUCUGUUCACGGGCGAGCAAAUUUCCAGAUUUGUGUCAUAUGAGUCUUUGAAAGUGGCUCAUUGGAUGAGGAAUGGGAAUAUCGCAUUUGGCAAUACAAAGGGCGAGGUCAUCCUGUUUGAGCCGGCCACGAGCGAUCACAUCUCGGCUAGAACCAUCUUUGAUCCCAUCACCGCAAUAGCCCCUUCUGCCGACUGCAAGACUUAUGCUAUAGGAUACAAUAAUGGUUCGAUCCUGCUUGCCGCACUCCAACCAGCAUUCACGAUUCUUCAUACACUGACCACAUCGCGGAGCCCGUCACCAAUCGUUUCAUUAACAUGGCAUGCUUCUUCCUCAAAACAAAAGUCCGAUAUGCUCGCCACUCAAACAGCCGACGGAGAUUUGAGGGUUUGGAGUGUAUCUAAGCCUCCGAUUGCCGAGGCUCCCCGCGUCAUUCGUGUCUUGAGGCGCACCGAUAGCUACGUUUUCGGUCGUAACUGGAUCUCUUGGUCAAAGAAUGGUCGCAUUGUCCAGUUUUCCGAGGGUAAAACAUGGGCUUGGGAUGUUCGAACGAAGCAUGUUACUUACGAGCCAAUUCCAACUGUCGAUGGUGUUCGAGCCAUCGCCGCUCAUGGUCCCACGGGAACCCUUUUCACCUUGGGUCCGGAUUACACGGUGCAACAGUAUGAUGUGGAAAGAGCCCAUUUAGUAGCAAACGUGCGCCAUAUGCCGUUCACCAUCCCACCUACACCACCUGAGGAUGUGCGACAACUGUGGACAACCUCUGAGAGCGAGGAGGAACUUUCGUCUCCACUUGCAAGAGCAAGACAAGAGCUGCGUGCGAAUCCUGCUGUCAAGAUGACCAACAACAACAUCCCAAGUCCAAGCUCAGCAGUUAGCCCCCUACGGUCAGGGGCGAAGAAUGGAAUCAACGACAUGAUCUCUCCUGCUGGAAGAACUGACUACACCACAACAUCCUUUGAUACUGGUAUUCAGUCUUUCAUGACGUAUACGCAGCCAAAUAACCAAUCGUACACUCAUCAACAGUACUCCAGGCCACUACCAGCCCCCAGUCAGCCCCAGCAAAUUCAGUCACCGCAAUCAGCAGCUCCCAAAUCAGCGAGAAAGGCGUCUCGACUACGACAAGAAGUGGUAAUGAGCCCUGAAGAGCGAGCUGCAGCUGCAGAUCUUUUCCCAUUCACGCGAGCUCGCCUGCAUGAUGUCCCCUAUAAGCCGCCCCGUGCAAGUGAUGACAACCACAUGACACCGGACGACUUACGAAAGCAGAUGCUCAGUGUCGUUUUUGGCUGGGAGGGUGACAUUGAAGAUCUUAUCCGCGACGAGCUUAGCCGCCAUGAAAUGGACAGUCACAAUGCAAUAUUCCUGGCGAAGUGGCUGCAUCAGGACCCAGAUCACCUUGCAGAGCUCAUGGGAGCGACUGGUCCAGAUUCAGACUUGGACUGGACCCUUCUGGCUCUGGGCACCAUCAGCAACCAAAUGGGUGCAAAGAAGAUCACACAAGUCUUCAUUGAAAAGAUGCUCGCAAAAGGUGAUAUUCAUGCAGCAGCCACUCUCAUGCUCGCACUAGGUGACACUAGUGAUGCUAUUGAGGUCUAUGUCUCGAGAGCUCAGUAUAUGGAGGCUGUUUUACUUACCUGUGUCGUCUCACCUGACGAUUGGCAACGGCAAUCAUAUCUAGUCAGACGUUGGGGAGAGCAUGUUGUUGAGAAUUCUCAGCAAUCCCUUGCUAUUCGAUGCUUUUCGUGCACAGGUGUGGAACCUUCAGAUCCAUGGACUUCUCCAAAAUCUCAGAUUGCUGCCGGCACAGUAAUAGAUACCUUCCCGUCUAUUGAGCCUGAGCAUAAGGUUCAGAUUCUCGAGCCUGCGGAGCUCCCUGAAAUCUAUCAGAAAACUCUAGAGAGGCGACGUACUCUCGAUGCACCCACUCCUGUGGCCAUGCCUCGUCCUGCACCACAGGCGAUACCGGCUCCCCCAACUCCUUUCAGGAAUGCAGCAGCAUCAGGAACUCGAAUUACACCCCAGACAUCAGCACUCAAGCUCAUCACAUCAUUCUCGGACGGGCAAUCCAACAUCAGUUUCAAAUUCCCAGGUCUGAAAGCGGAAGACCGAACACCAACAGUCGUAGGGGCUGUGACCCCCAUCGCUGAGUCUGCAGUUGGAUCUGCUUUGUCGCCUGGUGGAUCGGGUUCUUAUCGGUUAAACAACAUUCGCAGCAUCAACAGUGCUCUUUCCACCAAAACUCCAACUCCUGGUGGAUUCCAACCUAACAGACUACCCUCGAUUGGAGAAACCCCUGUCGAUGUCGAUUCGCCUUCUUUCCCAGACGCUAUACCUCCAAGGUCGGUCUCAGUACCUGUCGAAAUACAUUCGGCGAAAAACAAAAUCAAACAAGACUCACCUCCUAUUUCCAACGAGAUGCAACCCGAGCAACCACCGCCACCACUGCCGCUACAACAGAAGUCUAAGCAGGGUCUGACUCUAUUGACCUCUGCACGUUAUGAUCCUGGGACACUCAAAACUCCGGUGAAGGAAACUCCGCAAACGGCUGUUGGACCACAGACAACGAUUAAAUUUCCCUCAAAUAAUUCUCGAUAUUAUCCCUCUUUUGACAGCGACAUACCCGAGCAAACAAGGACAGGAUCAAGGAGCAGGAAGCCGGACGGAUUAUCUAUUCAAACAGCAGCUGUCGAAGAGAAUGACCUACUAGAUGAUUAUCUGCCUUCAACAAGCUAUGGCGAGUUCGUGAGUGGAGCACCAACUACUGGAUCUCUCUCACAGAUUGAUGCCGCAGCCAGUCUCAUCAGUCCUCACACCACAUCUGGUCACAGCUAUCGUGGUGGUAAAAGCCCUCUCGUUGCAGGUAGGAGUAUUGAUGACUACAUCAGCAGUCUCGAUCAGGCUCAGUAUUUCGGCAAGCAUUCUCGGGCGCGUGGCUACAGCGGAACGAGUCGGCAAUCAAAAGACGAUCAAAGCGAGAGAAAGAAAACAAAAGGCCAUAGCAUCGAUGGUUCACAUGAGACGCGCCGUACUAUUCCUGCCGCGAAACGCUCGCCUUCCUCGCCGGUGCCCAUGUCACCCGAGGAUCUCCGUCUUUACAGCACCAGUGUGGAGAGCUUCGACUCCAUGUAUAGCUCGAACCUUUCAGGAUUGGACAGGUCUGAGACACCCGCCAGCACAUCAAAGCACAGCAGGCGAGGUUCACAAUCCACAGCCAAGGGAACCAAAACUCGGCAUCGGUCUCGAUCUCGAACCAUAGGAACAAGAAGCAAGCCAGGGAGCCGUGGAGCAAGUAGACAGCAAAGUCCUGAGCCCUAUCAAACCAUGAUAUCUCCAAGAGGACGAAGCUCUUCCCGCAAAGACAACUCAGGACACAGAUCGCCGUCAUCUCCACGGCCAAUGGUCCCCUCCGAAGAGGACAGACAAAGCCGGUUUGACAAGGGUUCUGUCCUUCGACUUGUCUCUCAGGACCGUCAUCGUGUCCAGAGAAGUUCUAGUCGUCAAGCAAAUCGCAGCACGAGUGCUCGCCGUGACAGAUCCCCAGAUCGUCGUAGACAACACCGUACCAGAUCUCGGAGCCGUCCGGGCGGAGAAGAGUCCGCUCUACAUCGAAGAACGAGCAAAAACGAACGAAAUAGGCGCCAUCGCCGACCCAGUGACGCCUUACAAAGUGCCCAUCCUGAUGAUCCCGAGGAUGGUAUACCAAGUAACUUCGAGGAGUUCCGUGCCGCUAGCCAGCCUCAGCUAAAUCAGGAUCGCAACAAGAAAGCAGCUGCUGAACAGUUACAGGCACGCCGUCUUUCAUUAACUCGUCGCCCCUCUAUGCCAAACGUGCCGCAUCCCGAGGAAGGUGCUUCGCACACCAAGUCGCAUUCCACCAACAGUGUUCCUCAGCUCAACCGACUAUAUAGCGAUGAAGGCGACGUGGUAGUCAGCGCACCCAUAGCACCCCCGCUCGGAGCAGACAUGUCGGAAUUUGGCAUCGUGAGGGAGCCCUCAACCACCCCAUCCAAUACGGCAACCACAGCCUCGGAAACACCGACGGUCAUCAAGGCAGGGGUCUCAGAACUCUUGAGUAGUGAUGUCUACCGGCCUCCGACACGAGGUGAGCUUUCUUCGGACUCGGCGUCCCGACCAGGCUCUGCACGCGCACCAGCUUCGCUCGACUUCCUCGCGCAAAUGCCUAAGCAUCCAGCUUACAACCAGCGUAUCGCGAAUAGUAGGUCGAGUAGCAAAGGUGCUGAGGCCCGGCAGUCCUCCCGUUCACGCGGCGAAUCUCGUGACCGUAAUCGUAUUUCGCCCAAAGAUCAACAGCACCCACGCGGCGAGUCUCGAGACCGAGCAGCGACGGCAACGACGGCAACAAAGCGUGUCUCUCCGCGCGGGACGCCACACAGCCGUGAAACGUCACACAUCAGUGUGGGAACAAUGCCAGGCUCCUCGCCGGAGAUCGUGUACGCAAAUGCGUACUCCCCGCCACCACAGCAGCAACAACACCAACACCCUCCGAUCCUACCGGAGCUGCAGCACCUUGUAGCCCCCCUGCCACCUCCACCGCCGCCGCCACCACCGCCGGCACCGACACCGAAGAUAGUUCCGCUAUUUACCGGAAGUCCAAACCUCUCGACACUGCGCGGCUUCGAGGUCGACGCCAGCAAUGUUCCACUUCCUAUGUCUGCAGUCGGCACGGGCGGCGGGCAUGCUAACUAUCUCGACCCACCACCACACUCGGCCGCGCUACAAAGCGCACCGCUUCCUCUCCCACCACACGGUGGCGCUGGUCAUCGACGGGGCCGUAGCGGAAAUGAGCAUGCCAGUGGGACAAUCAAUACCAGUGGGCCAGGCUCCGGGUCUGGCUCAAGCCAGCUUUUCAGCAAGCUUCGCCAUUUCACCGCCCGCACUAACAACCGCAGCCCGUCCCGUGGCCGAAAGGCCGGUGAUGAUAACCAGGCCAUGAGCCCGCGUAUCGCCGAUGGCCAUGUUCCCCCCUAUGAGAGUAUUACUCAGACGGUCUUGGGAAGAGGCGUGGAAACGAACUGA